AUGUGGGAAACGACUGUAGACCCAGAGCUGUCGCCUUCCGCAGAUGCCAAAGUUCAUUCGGGUUUUCUGUUUGCAUUUAAACGCAUUUUCAAGGAAAUGCUCAAUGAUGACCUGAAGGAAGUUGCAGCGAAAGCAGAAGCCACACAGAAGAGACAAGUGGUACUGUUCACCGGUCAUUCUCUCGGUGGAGCCGUGGCCCAAAUAGCAGCCUGGUACUACGCCAACCAGGCUCGCUCGUUGCUAGAUGCAGGGCUGCUUCAAAUUCGUUGUGUGACCUUCGGUACCCCGGCGUGGGGAAGCGAGGCCGCGUACAAAGAGUUCAUGAACACCGGCGUGCUAAUCCACGACAUCGCCACCAGUAUGGAUCCAGUCACCACACUUAACGGCGAGCCAGCGCUCGGCCACGGGUUGCAAUGGAGGAAACCCUUCCAUUACAGGAUUAUGCUAGAAGACCUUGAACACGUUGUCGUUGCCUCUAAGAAUCCAACGGAGCCGAACUUCUUUGGGCGACUCUGGACCCGCACGGAUCUGCACGCGGGGAACUUUUUGAAGCGGACCUUUGGGGCCCUCGCCAGCUUGAGCAACGUGGAUUCAGUUUUCUUGAAUCCUGUGUUGACACAUUUCCUCUCAUACACUGCAGUGAUGACCAUCAUGGCCGACUUGGUGCCCGAGGCAGACUUCGGUUCAGCCCUCGCAGCUCCUCUUAUGGGUGACCCACCAAAGAGCUAUGGGGCGCACGAGUUGUGCACUGCACUCAUAGCAACGCAGGGAAGGAUGAAGUGGGUGAUGAACCAAUUGGCACAUGAAGCCAACAGGGCUCCCAAGGCACGACGCAUCAACUCGCCCUGA